GUCCAAAUAAGAGAGAAACUGUUGUGUUUGUUGGGGUUUUGUUGAACAUUUGGGACCUCUGUGUGCGUUUUCCUGCUUGUUGUCAGCAGUUUAGAUUAAACUAUUCUAAACUAGAUUGGAUUAUAGAAACGUGUUCAAUGUGUCCUUUAGUGUAGUAUAGAAGUCUGAGUGCAGUGGUGUGGGAGGAAAUUCCAGUCUGAUCAACAUCGCAGUGCAUUUCUGGGACAAAAAACGAUGGGGUCCCUCGGGAGUCGUUUUCAAGCUACUCCACACCGUCACGGCGAGACCGCACAACCCCACUGUGCAGGAAGCGCACACACCUGUGAGUGCAAGAAGAGGAAACGAAGCUCACGCUGCGAGUGUGACAGCGAACCCGAGGACGAGGACAGUUUGCUGGACACACCAUGCAGGAAGAAGCUGAAGAGCACGUCUAAGUACAUUUACCAGACGCUCUUCCUGAACGGGGAGAACAGCGACAUCCGGAUCUGUGCGCUCGGCCAGGAGUGGAACCUGCACAAGGUGUACCUAUGUCAGUCAGGAUACUUCUCCAGUAUGUUCAGCGGCUCCUGGAAGGAGUCCAACAUGAUGGUCAUCCAGCUGGAGAUCCCAGAUCAGAAUAUCGACACAGAAGCCCUUCAGGUGGUGUUUGGCUCCCUCUACAGGGACGAUGUUCUGAUCAAACCUAGCCGAGUUGUCAGUAUCCUGGCCGCUGCCUGCAUGAUCCAGCUGGAUGGGUUAAUCCAGCAGUGUGGUGAAACCAUGAAAGAGAACAUCAGUGUGAAGACGGUGUGCGGUUUCUAUGCCGCUGCUAACAUGUACGGCCUGGACUCUGUCACGAAGAAGUGUUUGGAGUGGCUUCUCAAUAACCUGAUGACUCAUCAGAAUGUGGACCUCAUGAAGGAGCUGGGGGUCGAAAUCAUCGAACAGCUGAUUCAGUCGUCUGAUCUUUUCGUCAUGCAGGUGGAGAUGGACGUGUACACUGCUCUAAAGAAAUGGAUGUUCCUGCAGCUCAAUCCAUCAUGGGAUGGUCCCAUCAAGCAGCUUCUUGUCGAUGCAGAUACGUGGCUCUGUAAAAGAAGAAAUGAGCUGAGAGAGGAGGAGCCGUUCCUGUGCACGGAGCAGGGCUUGCCUUUCACCCCUGUGUUCAGGCACAUCCGUCUGCAGUACAUCAUCAACGACCUGGCUUCCGCCCGCAUUCUCGAGAGGGACAACAUCAUUCCACCUGACUGGUUGUCGAGAAUAUACAAGCAGCAGUGGUUUGCCAUGCUUCGUACAGAGCAUGACAAUGACAACGGACCCCAAGAGGCCAAUAAGGAGGAAUUUGAACAGAACAGCAUGCGCUGCGGUCGAAAGCUGAACAAAGACGGUGACUACUGCUGGAGAUGGACAGGCUUUAAUUAUGGGUUCGAUCUACUGGUCACCUACACCAACCGCUUCAUCGUGUUCAAGAGGAACACGCUCAGUCAGCCGUGCGGGGGUGCGGUCAGCCUGCAGCCACGACGACACCUUGCUUUCAGGUUACGGUUGGCAUCGUUCGAUGGCUGUGGCAAACUGACCUGCAGCCGAUCUACAGGCUACCAGCUGCUCACUCUGGAGAAAGAUCAGGAGUACGUGGUGAUGAACCUGGACAGUCGGCUCCUGUCUUUCCCACUCUACGUCUGCUGUAACUUUCUGUACACAUCCCCUUCCCCUGAGCGCCGGGUCGAUGGCAGAGAAUCAGAAAGCAGCUCCCGCAACAAGUCGUGACCCUCCGGCCAAUAAGCCUCCGUCUUGAUCUUGUGACAUCAUCACUUCCGAGCACUCACUUUUGUUUUUUGUUUUGUUUUGUUUUUUUAACCAUUAGAUUUCUAUUACUUUUUUAUUUUUUUUUUAUUUUACAUUUUUUAAUUGUAUACUGAUUUUUUUAUUACUUUUAUAUUUAUUUCAGAUAUUUAUAACAGAAUGAUUUUGUUAUAAUUAAACCCAAAAGACGAACCACAGACACGCUGAGUGCACGUGUCCUCCGUUGUGUAAAUGCCGUUUUCUUUUUUGUAUAAAGUUAUCCGUCUCCUUUUGUUCGUUUACAGCUUCAAAUUUUUGCCAGGCAUUUCUAUUUAUUCAGUCUCUUUUUUUUGUACUGUUUAAAGAAUAAGAAACAGGUGCUGGUGCUUUUUUUUCUUAUGUAUAUAAAUAUAUAAACAGGAUGCUCCUUCCAGUGCAGCUCCAUCACACACAUCUGAACAAUCGGACUUUCCAGACGUUUGCGUAAUUCUGUAACGGUAUUAUAGUGUGUGUGUGUGUGUAUGUGUGUGUGUGCACCUGAUCUUGAAUGUGUCAUGGUUUAAACCUUAACGGACCAAAAUGACAUCGUCGUUAUUGAGGUGUGUGUGAGAGACGAAAGACGCAAAAGAUAAUAAAAGGAUAAACAGCA